AUGGAGGUUGAGGGAGCGGGGUUGCAGGUGGAGGACGGGGAGGAGGUGGUGCAGGCGAGGGGGAAGGUGCAUGAGGCGCCGGCGAAGGAGCUCGACCUCCUCGGCGCGCCCGGUUCGGAGCCGCCGGAAGUGAAGGCUGUGGAGGCGCAGGAGGUGGUGCCAGGCAAGGGGAAGGAGAAGGCAGUGGUGGCGGCGGAGGAGGAGACGAAGGCGCCGGCGUCUAGCGGCGGCGAGAAGAAGCGCUCGUUCAAGUGCAACUAUUGCCAGCGUAAGUUCUACACCUCGCAGGCGCUGGGCGGCCACCAGAACGCUCACAAGCGCGAGCGCUCGCUCGCCAAGCGCGGCGCCGCAGCGGCCGCCGCCGCUGCGGCCGCGGCGGGGCGCGGGCUGUACGGUGGCGCUGACCCCUUCCUUCCGCCGCACCACCUCCGGUUCCCGCACGCCUGGCCGUACUCCGCGGGCGGCGGCAGGCCUCCGGCGUCGUCGUCGUUCCUCGGGCUCGGCCGUGGCUCCGCUGCUGCGGCGCCGUUCUACGGCCUGCACCACGGGUGGGCUGCGCACGCGCAUGCUCACGGCCAGCCGUCCAUGCCGGGGCUCGCCCGCUACGCCGGCGCCGAACGCCCCGUCUACGCACCUCCCGGCUACGGCUACGGCGCCUCGUCGAGGGCCCCUUCCCCGGCCGUCCUCGACUCCGGGAUGGCCGGGCUCCGGUGGGCUGGGGUCGCCAGCGGUGCCUCUGCCGGCAUCGACAACGGCGGCGCUCAGGAAGUGACGCAGCAGCAGGAGGAGGCGCAGAGCGGCAACAUAGACCUGAACCUGAGGCUGUAG